AUCACCAGUAUUUGAAUCACUCGCAUCAUGCGUGAAUACAAGCUAGUGGUCCUUGGUUCAGGAGGCGUGGGGAAGUCUGCUCUGACAGUACAAUUCGUUCAGGGAAUUUUUGUUGAAAAGUAUGACCCUACAAUAGAAGACUCAUACAGAAAGCAAGUUGAAGUAGAUUGCCAACAGUGUAUGCUUGAAAUUCUCGACACAGCAGGGACAGAGCAAUUUACAGCAAUGAGAGAUCUGUAUAUGAAGAAUGGUCAAGGGUUUGCACUAGUAUAUUCUAUUACAGCUCAGUCCACGUUUAAUGACUUACAGGACCUGAGGGAACAGAUUUUACGGGUUAAGGACACGGAAGAUGUUCCAAUGAUUUUGGUUGGCAAUAAAUGCGACCUGGAAGAUGAGCGAGUAGUUGGCAAAGAACAGGGUCAGAACUUAGCGAGACAGUGGUGUAACUGUGCCUUUUUAGAAUCUUCUGCAAAAUCAAAGAUCAACGUUAAUGAGAUAUUUUAUGAUUUGGUCAGGCAGAUAAAUAGGAAAACACCAGUGGAAAAGAAGAAGCCUAAAAAGAAAUCAUGUCUGCUGCUUUAGACCCACAGCCAGCAGCAGCUCUGAGCCAGAUUACAGGAAUGAAGAACUGUUGCCUAAUUGGAAAGUGCCAGCAUUCCAGACUUCAAAAAAUAAAUUAACAACAUAUCUGAAGAGGCUUCUCCUGUUUUAUAUAUUAUGUGAAGAAUUUAGAUCUUAUAAUGGUUUGCACAAGUUCCCUGGGGAAAAAAAAAUUGCUCUGUGUAUAUCUCUUGGAAAAUAAGACAGUAGUAUUUCUCCUUUGCAAUAGCAGUUAUAACAGAUGUGAAAAUAAAUAUACUUGACUCUAAUAUGAUUAUACAAAAGAGCAUGGAUGCAUUUCAAAUGUUAGAUAUUGCUACUAUAAUUAAUAGAUUUCAUAUUGACUUUUUACCAUAAUUCCCCCCAUCAAGCACUAAAAAGCUGAACCAUUAUAUCUGUAGUAAUAUAGAUAGAGAAUAUGGGUUUUUCUCUCCCAACUCACUGCAACAAAUAACUUUUUUGAGUCAUUGACUUCAUUUUAUAUUUAAAAGUUAUGGAAUAUCAUUCUGCCAUUAUAUUCUAAUUAAAAUGUUUGUGCAUAAUGCUUUGGAAAAAUGGGUCUUUUAUAGGAAAAAAACUGGGAUAACUGAUUUCUAUAGCUUUCAAAGCUAAAAUAUAUAAUAUACUAAACCAACUCUAAUAUUGCUUCUUGUGUUUUACUGUCACAGAUUAAAUUACAGCUUUUAUGAAUGAUUAAAUUUUAGUACAUUUUCA